AUGGCAGCAGCAUACCCUCCUGGCGGCACCUUCUUCGACACUCUGAAGCGUAGCUUCUCAGAUGUCCCCGUCGAGUCUGGAAAGAUUGCCACUUCCGAGUUCCUCGAGGCUGCUGAGAGUCUGACUACUCUCUUCGAUGUCCUCGGCUCGGCUGCGUUCAAGCCCAUCAAGAGCGACAUGGUUGGCAACAUCAAGAAAAUCCGUGAACGUCAGCUCGCCGCGCCCAUUGAAUCAGAGAACCUUCAGGACCUCGUCCGCAACGAGCUCAAGACCAAGAAGCACACCGCAACAGAGGGCCUUGUCUGGUUGAACCGUGCUCUCGACUUCACCGCCCAAGCCCUUCGCCAGAACUUGACCAACAACAACGAGGAAGUCAGCGUUUCGUUCCGUGCCGCCUACGGUAACACACUCAGCAAGCACCACAGCUUCCUCAUCAAGCCCGUCUUCAGUGCCGCCAUGAGCGCUACUCCCUACCGAAAGGACUUUUACGCCAAGCUUGGUGAUGACCAGGCUCGUGUUGAGAAAGAGCUCGGUACUUGGUUGACUGGUCUUGAGCAAAUCGUCAAGAACUUGAACGACUUCCUUGCCACCAAAGAGGCAAAGUGGUAA